GCCAAACCGGGUUUAAUGUUUUUGUUUUUCGUGCCCGUUGAUCGGUCUCUCCAUUACACACCACAACAAAUUUAUUAGCCCAGUUAUACAUAUUUGGUACCUCGUAACAUUUCAUAAAAAAUUGUAAACCGUGUAAAUGGAUGGAGCUAGAAAAUAUCGUUGCCAACACUGUGUACCUGAAAGCACGAGAAAGUCGAGCUAAAGGGAAAAGUAAAAAAUGGCGUCUCAUGCUUGCUUUUCCACACAUUUCUGAAUGUAUACAUCUUAAAGAAGUCUUAGAUUUGUCAUACCACCAAGUUGCAGAAAAAGAACCAAUCGGAAGAGCAUUAUUUCACCAAUAUUGUACAUUGCAGUCAAAACUUAAACCACUAAUAGAGUUUUUAUUAGGAUCGGAAGAAUAUGAAUCAAGUGUGGAUUCAGAGAGACCAGAAAAAGCAAAAAAACUUGUUGAACAGUAUCUGUUAAUACAGGAUAAAACAUCUUUAUUUAAAGAAGUCAUCAGCAGUGACACUAUUGAGAAUGCACGACGCAUGUCAGUCAAUGGUCCGACUCAUUCCAUAUUUGCACCUUGUGCAAAAGAAAUCAGAUCAUACUUGAAGGGCAAGCCAUAUCAGGAUUUUUUAACUAGUCAUUUUUUUAAAAGAUAUUUGCAAUGGAAACAUUUGGAAAGGGUUCCAGUUACAAAGAAUUUAUUUCGGCAUUACAGAGUGUUAGGUAAAGGAGGCUUCGGUGAGGUAUGUGCUUGUCAGAGCCGCGCCACUGGCCAGAUGUAUGCAAUGAAAAAACUAGAAAAAAAGAGAAUUAAAAAGAGGAAGGGUGAGGGCAUGGCGUUAAACGAAAAACAAUUAUUAGAACGAAUAGAUUGUAGAUUUAUAGUUAGCCUAGCAUAUGCACAUGAAACCAAGGAUGCUUUAUGUAUGGUGUUAUCUCUUAUGAAUGGUGGCGAUUUAAAAUUUCAUAUUCACAAUAUUGGCAAUCCUGGUUUUGAGGAGGAACGAGCUAUAUUUUAUGCGGCGGAGAUUACUAGUGGGAUUUUGUACUUACACUCUCUUCGAAUUGUAUAUAGGGACAUGAAACCAGAAAAUAUUUUGUUGGAUGAUCAAGGCCAUACAAGAAUAUCGGACCUUGGUUUAGCAAUAUAUGUUUCUACAAAUGAAUCAGUUAAAGGUCGUGUUGGAACUGUUGGCUACAUGGCUCCUGAAGUUGUUCGCAAUGAACGUUAUACUUUUUCCCCUGACUGGUGGGGACUUGGCUGCAUUGUAUAUGAAAUGAUACAAGGAAAGGCCCCUUUUCGAGCACGUAAAGAAAAGGUUAAAAGAGAAGAGGUUGAACGUAGGGUAAAAGAAGAUGUUGAGGAAUACAGUGAAAAAUUCAGUGAAGAAGCGAAAGAAAUAUGUAAAUGUUUGUUAGCUAAAGAUCAUAAUCAAAGACUCGGAUGUCGCGAAGGAGACGAUGAAAAAGUUUUAAAGGCACAAUCGUUUUUUAAUACAAUUAAUUGGCAGCAUUUAGAAGCUGGAAAAGCAAAGCCACCCUUUCCGCCAGAUCCUCGUGCUGUGUAUUGCCGAGAUGUUUUGGAUAUAGAGCAGUUUUCGACUGUAAAGGGAGUCCAAUUAGAUGAAUCAGACGAAGGCUUCUACAAAAAAUUUGCCACUGGCUCUGUGUCAAUACCAUGGCAAAAAGAAAUGAUCGAAACAGAAGUUUAUAAAGAACUUAACGUUUUUGGUCCAGAUAGUGGUCCCACACCAGAUUUAAUUGGAGACGCCCCUCCACCUCCAAAUGAAAAUAAAACAAGGUGUUGUGGACUGAUGAAAUCUAGGCCCAGAUCUAGAACGGCGCAAAAAUAUGUUGCCGAAACUGAACCAUCUACAAGUAGUGGAUGAUUUAUACAAAGCUGGUUUAAACGAUUUAGUGGAGCCUCGUGGUGCAAGAAGAACGUGUUUUUACAGACGCUAUGUAAAACCUAGUUAAUGGAUCUCCCUUGAAAUAACUUUAUUACGGUAGCUUAUAUAUACCUAGGCUCAUCAGUUAGUAUCGUUACGCACAAACGCACAUAGUGCGUUCAUUUUAUCUACCAAUAAAUCCGCGCCAUGUUUUAAUUUUUAUUGUGAAAUAUUUGCUUUGCUGUGAUGUAAAUAAUUGAUGUGUCCGUGUAAUUGUUUGUGCAGAACACUUUUCGCUCUGUGAAUUAGCUAAAAUGAUUUUCUUAUAUAACACAAUAAAUUAGGCGUUAAAAUUCAGCGAUAGUACUAGAUUGUAGAUGUGAUUUGUUUUUUAUACUUAACUUACAAGCAUUGCCAUUUUGGACUCUGGUCACAGGUAUGGACUAAUGUUAAUUCAAUUUAAUGGCAGCAGAAUUGUACAAAUUAUUAUAAUGUCUGAAGAGAAAAGAAUUAAUUUGAA